AUGAACAUGAACGUUUUUGCAUAUGCAGUUAUAGAAGAAACAUGGAGAGCUUUGUUUUCCGGGAUCAGAUAUGCAAAGAAUUUCAGCAAACCGGUUUGUUUCCGCCACGCCAUUCUUUCACCGUUAGGAUAUGAAACCGCGAUUUUCAAGGGCGUGACCGGAGAAUUUGAUUGCAAAGGAGAACCAGCUCACAAUCUGUGGCAAAAUCCGGACAAUAAAAAAACCGCAAGGCUAUCAGAGUUUGGCGAAAUGAUCAGAUCAGCUUUCGAGUUUCCGGUCAACCAACACCGGUCGUUAGAAAAUGUCCAGUCUUGGCUAAUCAAUGAGGAAGAAAAAGAUCAAGUCCGGACCAUACAAGACUCGUCAGUGAUCAUAGGAGCUCACGGAGCAGGACUGGCUCACAUUGUGGCUGCAACACCAAACACAACGAUAUUUGAGAUUGUGAGCGUCGAUUUUAAGAGACCUCAUUUUAAGCUUAUAGCUAAGUGGAAAGGUUUGGAGUAUCAUGCAAUGGAUCUGGCGGAUCCAACGGCUGUGAUUGAGAAGCUAAAGGAGAUAAUGAAGAGUCUUGGCUGCUGA